AUGACGAAGGGAACGUCUUCGUUUGGCAAAAGGCAUAACAAGACUCAUACGUUAUGUCGUCGAUGUGGACGAUCAUCCUAUCAUAUUCAAAAGCACCGAUGUGCAUCAUGUGGUUAUCCAGCAAAACGUAAACGUACCUUUCAAUGGUCAGUUAAAUCCAUUCGACGUCGUACAACUGGCACUGGACGAAUGAGACAUUUGAAAGUCGUUCAUCGUCGUUUCCGGCAAUUAUCUUUGGUCAAUUACAGGAAUGGUUUUCGUGAAGGAACGAUUCCAAAAUCUAAAUCGCGAGGUGCCAACCAAAAAGUCGAUGCAGUAGCGACAAGCUAA